ACUACCAUUUGUUACACUUUUCAUAACCUCAAUCGUGUGUUUACUUGCAUUUGUAAUUUAAAUAAUUGUAGCUUGUUAAAUGGCGAUAAGGACAUUUGGUGAUAAGCCCAUAAGCUUCCAACUUGAAGAGAAUGGCGAAUUUUAUUGCGUGGGCUCCGAGGUGGGCAACUAUCUGCGAUUGUUCCGGGGCUCACUCUACAAGCGUUACCCCGGCAUGUACCGGAGGACAAUUACCAACGAAGAACGCAAGAAACUGAUCGAUAUCGGGCUGAGUCAACACGUACUGGCCAGUAGCGUUUCUUUGCUGAGGUCCUCCGAGGUCGAGGACAUCAUCGACGGGAACGACGAGAAGUACAAGGCGGUGUCGGUGCACACCUCGGACCCGCCUCUUCCGCGCGAAGGCAAAGCGAAAAAGUCGAUACAGUGGGUGCCCUCGUUGCCCAACUCCAGUCACCUGGACGCCGUACCCCAGGCGACGCCCAUAAAUCGCAAUCGGGUCUCGAAUAAGAAGGUACGGACCUUCCCGUUCUGUUUCGAUGAUACCGAUCCGCAAGCAAACGUGGAGAACUCGGUUAAAGGUGAACUGCUUGUGCCGAUACGUUUGGAUAUGGAAAUCGAAGGGCAGAAGUUGCGGGACACGUUCACUUGGAACAAGAAUGAAAGCAUGAUCGCACCCGAGCAAUUCGCCGAGGUGCUCUGCGACGAUUUGGAUUUGAACCCUUUGACAUUCGUACCCGCGAUCGCGCAGUCCAUCCGCCAGCAGUUGGAGGCGUUUCCCGCCGAGUCGACGGGAAUUAUGGAGGAAUCGUGCGACCAGCGUGUCAUUAUCAAAUUGAAUAUACACGUGGGGAACACCUCGCUCGUCGAUCAGGUCGAAUGGGACAUGUCGGAGAGGGACAACAAUCCGGAACAGUUCGCGUUGAAACUUUGCUCCGAGCUGGGAUUGGGCGGCGAGUUCGUGACCGCCAUCGCCUAUUCCGUACGCGGUCAGUUAUCGUGGCACCAGCGCACCUAUGCGUUUAGCGAGGCGCCGCUUUCGACCAUUGAGGUACCGUUUCGGGCCGCGAGCGAGUCGGACCAAUGGGCUCCAUUCUUGGAGACGCUAACGGACGCCGAAAUGGAGAAGAAAAUCCGGGAUCAAGACAGGAACACGCGUAGAAUUCGUCGUCUUGCCAAUACUACGCCUGGAUGGAAAGCUGUCCAUUGUACAUAACCAAAGGUCUAACCAUCAUUGUAGACAAAUUACUAAUUAAUUCCGCUACUAUACUGUAGCCAUGCUUUAGUACAAAUCAUGCAUUCACUUUCAUUUUUUUAUAUUUGAUUCAUACUGUAAGUGCUAGUUUCAUGCGAUGUUCAACCUAUGAGUGUAUUCAAGUAUUGUAAUCCAAUAAAGUUAGUAUUAUCAGGA